UAAGAUCCCUGAGCCUCAGCUCAAACCCUAAUUCCCCUGAAAAGUCUGCUCAAGUGCUCAAGUGCCAGCCAUGCUCGCAGCCCUGGGUUCCCUGACAGCUGCCUUCUGGGCAACUCUCCAUCUCAGGACUCUGCUGCUAGCUGCUGUCACCUUCCUGUUCCUUGCUGACUACUUCAAAAGCCGGCGCCCCAGGAACUACCCGCCAGGGCCGCUGCGCUUGCCCUUUGUGGGCAAUUUGUUACACAUGGACUUGACGCAGUUCCAUCUGUCGGUCCAGCAGUUUGUGAAGAAGUAUGGGAAUGUUAUCAGUCUUGACUUCGGAAUCAAGUCUUCAAUCAUUAUAAGCAGCCUGCCUUUAAUCAAAGAAGCCUUUUCUCGCCUUGAUGAAAACUUUAUAAAUCGCCCUAUAUUUCCUCUACAAAGACAUAUCUUUAAUGGAAAUGGAUUGAUUUUCUCCAGUGGCCAGAUAUGGAAGGAGCAAAGGAGGUUUGCCCUGAUGACACUGAGGAACUUUGGAUUGGGAAAGAAGAGCUUAGAGCAGCGAAUUCAGGAGGAGGCCCACCACCUUGUGGAGGUCAUAGGAGAAGAGGAAGGACAGCCUUUUGAUCCUCACUUCAAGAUCAACAAUGCAGUUUCCAAUAUCAUUUGUUCCAUCACCUUUGGGGAACGGUUUGAGUACAAUGACAGUCGGUUUCAGGAGCUGCUGCAGUUACUGGAUAAAGCCAUGUACUUGGGUACCUCCAUAAUGAUCCAUCUCUACAACAUCUUCCCAUGGAUAAUAAAACAUCUCCCAGGACAGCACCAGACAUCGAUAGCUACCUGGAGAAAACUGAAAUCAUAUAUUGCUGAUAUAAUUGACAAUCACCGCAAAGACUGGAACCCUGAUGAGCCCAGAGACUUCACUGAUGCUUUUCUCAACGAAAUGGCAAAGUACCCAGGCAAGACUACUACAAGUUUCAAUGAAGAAAACCUCAUCUGCAGCACUCUGGACCUCUUUCUUGCUGGAACAGAGACAACAUCCACGACACUGCGAUGGGCUCUGCUCUACAUGGCCCUCUACCCAGAAGUCCAAGAAAAAGUACAGGCUGAAAUUGACCAAGUGAUUGGCCAGGCGAAGCAUCCCAGACUGGCUGACAGAGACUCCAUGCCCUACACCAAUGCUGUUGUUCAUGAAAUUCAGAGAAUGGGCAAUGUUGUCCCUCUGAAUGUUCCCAGGGAAGUGGCAGUUGACACUACACUGGCUGGAUUUCACCUGCCAAAAGGGUCUGUGGUCAUGACCAAUUUGACUGCACUGCAUAUGGACCCUAAAGAAUGGGCCACCCCAGAUACCUUCAAUCCAGAGCACUUUUUGGAGAAUGGACAGUUUAAGAAGAGAGAAUCUUUUCUGCCAUUUUCAAUGGGCAGUUUGAUGUUUUCCUUACAAAGUUCACAGAAUAGCAUGUGCUUCUUAUCAACUAGCAGGAUAGUGGCAAACUCUUGGAUGGCUAAACAAGACCUAACAACGAGGGAAGAAAAGGCAAUAGACAGAAAGAACAUGAAAUGGAGAAAUCUCAUGGGGCCUCAACACUAGAAAACUGGGGACUGUGGAGAGAGAGAAAAAGUCUUCCUGAAGAUACAGUUCUCCCCAAUUGCUUGUCCAAUAUCUAGAGGUCAGGCUUGAGAUCAUGUACAUAUAGGUUACAUCACCGAAAAUGAACAGGUCAUGUGUGUGUGUGUGUGUGUGUGUGUGUGUAUAUAUAUAUAAUGAAAAAGAGAGACCAUGAAUUCAGAGUGGAGGUGUGCAUGGGAAGAAAUGAUGUGAUUAUAGUUGCAAAAAAUUAAAACCUUUUAGAAAGAGAAUCUAUAUCUUAGAUAUGUUUUAUAAAUCCAUAUAUUUUAACAUAUUUUUUCUUUUUCUUUUUACAAAUAUUUCUCCCAGUUUAAGGCUCUUUUCAAUGCCUUGUUUUCUUUGGAAAUAAAUCCUUAUC